UGUCGGGCAUUCAGCAGCUGCAGUUAAAGCCAGCGGGAGCUAGAGGGUCUCAUGCUCCUGGGCAUCAGGACACACGUAUAGACCCCUGCACAGAUACAAAAUUUGUUUCCGCACGCAAGCUUCAAAAACGGUCCACGGAUAUGAAGCGGAUCUCUGCUGAUUUCCAGGGCUCUCCCCGUUUAUGCCUGGAUUUAGGAGCUGAACUCUGGGGAUUAUUUUGCAAAACCUGCUAAUGACUUACGGCUUUUUCGUAGCAAACCGUGACUUUUUUUUUUUUUUUUAAAAAGACCCUGACAUUCCAUGACUGAGCAAAACAUCUCCAGGAAUAUCAACAAUGCUGGCUCAGAGAGGGUAGGGCUCUUGUUCAACAAAAUUAUUUUAAACGAGUGACUUGCUACGAAAGAGUUUGAGAUAUUUGCUGUUGCAGAACAAAGGGGGGUUUGAUCUAAAGGAACGUGACCCUGAACUUCUUGCAAAUUGUUCCACACAAAUGGGGCUUGUGCAUUUCCUGCUGGGGCUUUGUCCGGACAAAGAGACAGAGCUCAGCCGGAACAAUCAACCGGGAGAGCGGAGCAGAGUCAGAGGUGCCUCCUCCACUCUCUUGCUAGCCAUUCCGGAGAAUCCAGUCCACGCCAUCGCCAACCAGACAGCCGUCCUGCCCGUCUCCCUGCAAUUCUCCACCCCGCUGGGGGAAUUCUUCCACCUCAAAUGGGAUUUCCUCUCGGGCCACCGCCCCGUCUUAGCCUACGUGCUGACCAAGUGCAGCGGCAGCGCCCCCGAGUGGGGGCGGCGCUCCUGCCAGCGCAGCGUGAAGGUGGCGGAGGAAUAUCAGCAGCAAGCAAACGUCUCUCUGCAGAGCGGUUCCCUGGUGAUCCAGCGUGUGCAGCCCGUGGACGCCGGGACGUACCAGAUAACAGUGCGAGGCCUGGAUGUGUUUGUCAUGGCAGAGGUGAACCUGACAGUGACUGGAGCAGCUGCACCAGCGAACAUGGGAAGAGUGAACAGAGCCAGAUUCAGCCUGGUGCCCAACACCAUCCGCCUUGGCUUAGCAGUCCUGGUUCUCUGUAUAUUGGGGCUGAUUGUGGGAGAGGCAGUUUACAAGCCAGCCGGCUGCUCCCCGCACCACCUGGAGGAAAGCCAAGAGAGGAGCUGGAAACUCUGGACUGAGCCUCCACAUGCCUGGAUCUGCAGCACUGAAAAUCCCCCAGCGGUCUAGUCUUGUGUCCUGUGGCCAACGCAGGAUGCUUCCAGGCUGGCUCUUUCCCACGAGGUCAGAUACGACCCCAGCUCUGGAGGGGCGCCCCAUUAUUGACAGAAGAACUCCGGACCAGGUUUACAAGGGUCCAGCACUCACCAUUGGGGCUGGAGUUUUCAGUUCCCAAUUAGGCACUUACGUAAGUGGGCCAAGAUUUUCCAGAGGUCUCAGUGCCCAUCAUGUACCCAACACGCUGAGCCCUUUAGACGCUCUUGCCCCGAUGGUGGGAGCCAAGCCCUUCUGACAGUUCCAGCCCUCUACAGGUGACAGCUGCUUAUAUGGGUCAGGUUCUACCUACUGGUGAAAGAAGAACGCUUUACCUCUGCCCACUGCACAAAUAUUGUCAACAGUCCUAAAGAUCCAGCUUAGGGUUGCCAGUUUUGGUUGGACAUGUUCCUGGAGAUUUCAUCACCUGACAUAAUCUUUAAUUAAAGACUGCUCUUUAAUUUCCUGGAGACUCCAGGACAACCCUGCAGGGUUGGCAACCCUAAUCCACCAGCAUCUGACUUCUGCAGCGGUGAGUUCCACAGGUUGUGUAUAUGUUGCCCAAAGUAGUUCCUUGUGUAGGUUCCAAAUUAAUUAAUUAAUGGCCCAUUCUUUUCAUCUGCUUAUCAGCACUGGAGACAAGAGUCUUUCCAGGCUGUAAUCCAGUGGUUCUUUCAACCUUUCCAGAUCACUGUACCUCUUUCAGGAGGCUGAUUAGUCUUGCGUACCUCCAGGUUUAAUCUCACUUAAAAACAACUUGCUUACAAAAUCAGACAUAAAAAUACAGGAGUGUCACAGCCACACUCUUACUGAAAAAAAAGCUGGCUUUCUCAUUUACCAUCUAAUUAUAAAAUAAAUCAAUUGGAAUAUAAAUACCACACUUACAUGUCAAUGUACGUUGUAUGGAGAGCCGUAUAAACAAGUCAUUGUCAAUAUGAAAUUUUAGUUGUACUGACUUUGCU